ACCCUACAGCAAAGAGCGUGAGUUUGGUUCGUCGGGAUCUCCCCAACGUGCAAACCAAGCCGGGCACUAAACUUGUCUGUUUUGCAAUAGCCUUUGCGCUUAUUCGCUGCUAGCCAAUAGAUGAAUAGGAGGGGCAUGCCUAACCAAUGCGUUAGCCAAUCCGAUGUGGUGGAGGCCGGGCCAAGGUCCCCAGCCGCUGGGUAAGAAGCGGCAUGGCUGCUUGUCUUGUUUUGGCGCUGCAGAGAGUGUGGCGGCAGAGAGGAUGGCUCCGCAGGAGGAACCCGGCACGGAACUAGCCCCGCGCGGGCUGCCCUCUUCUGCCACGCGACUCUUCACCUGGGACGAAAUCGGGCUCCACACCAAGCAAGGGGACCCGAAUCGAGAGAGGUGGCUGGUGAUCGACAGGAAAGUGUAUGAUAUCCGCUCCUUCUACUUGCGGCACCCUGGGGGAGCCGGGAUUUUGAGCAGCCACGUUGGGCAGGACGCUACGGAUGCCUUUGAAGCAUUCCAUGUUGACAAAUCAUUCGUGAAGAAGUUUUUGAACUUGCUACUGAUUGGGGAAUUGGCACCAGAUCAGCCUAGUUUGGAACCCAGUAAAAAUGAAUCGCUUCUCAUGGACUUCCGUGAGCUACGCGCCAUGGUAGAGAAGAUGGAACUCUUGAAGCCCAACACUUACUUCUUCAUGGCAUUCCUCUUUCACAUCAUUAUAUUGGAAGUUGCAUCCUGGCUCACCCUUUUGUAUUUUGGAACCUCUUUGCUACCCAUCAUUGUCUCUUUAGUGCUGCUUACAAUAUCCCAGGUCCAGGCCUCAUGGCUCCAACAUGAUUUGGGGCAUCUUUCUGUCUUCCAGAAGCCCAAGUGGAACCAUCUGCUUCACAAACUUGUGAUGUGUCAUAUUGUUGGGGCAUCAGCCAACUGGUGGAACCUUCUGCACUUUCAACAUCAUGCAAAGCCCAAUUGCUACACCAAGGACCCAGACCUUGACGCUCACCCUUUCUUGUUUACUUUAGGAAAGUCCCUCUCUGUGGAGCUUGGGGCAAAGAAGAAAAAGUACAUGCCUUACAACCAUCAGCACAAGUAUUUCUCCUUUACUAUGCCACCACUGUUGUUUCCUACCUACUUCCACUAUCGCACCUUCUAUGUUGCUUUCAAGAAGAAAUUCUGGGUGGAUUUGGCCUGGAUGCUGACCUUCUACAUCAAAUUCUUCUACAUCUAUGGGUCUCUACUAGAAAUAAAAACUCUACUGGCGUACUACCUAUUGUUCAGGAUGAUGGAAAGCUCCUGGUUUGUCUGGGUAUCCCAAAUGAGCCAUAUACCUAUGCAUAUUGAUUACGACAAGAACUUGGACUGGUUCUCCCUCCAGCUCCAGGGAACAUGUAAUGUUGACCAAUCCUUGUUCAAUGACUGGUUUACGGGGCACUUGAAUUUCCAGAUUGAGCACCAUCUUUUCCCCACAAUGCCACGGCACAACUACUGGAAGGUGGCCCCACUGGUGAAAUCUUUGUGUGCCAAACAUGGUGUUGAAUACAAGUGCAAACCACUGCUGACAGCCUUUGCAGACAUUUUACGCUCCCUAAAGGAUUCAGGAGAACUUUGGCUGGAUGCCUAUCUGCACCAAUAAGUACUGGUUUUAGAAAAUGGAUCCACUUGUUAUCACCAUACAGACAUGCACUGGACAUUUACCCAAUUUCCAAAUCCUAUUUAUAAUUUUUGCCAUUAUUCGUUGUAAGAUUCUCCCUUUGAAGGUGGAAAUAAAGGUUAUUUAUGGAUGUUCCCCAUCAGCUGCUAUUGAACAAAAGGGGGAAAAAUGCAUAAGGAAAUGGUUGUGUGCUAUUUUGAAGGGCUGCUGUUUUUCUAUAUGCACGAUGUGAGAUGUCACAUGCUAUCUGAAGACCCCAGUAUGAAUCCUGCAUGCUUAGGCCCAUUGAGAUCAGCGGGUCUAAACAAUUAUCUGUGUAGUAGAAACUGCUGAAGCAUUAUUAUGAAUCUACCACUUUACAAGGAGAUUGGGGUGAAUUAGGGAACCAUAUAUGGGUUUAUACUUUAUUGUAAUCUUUAUGUAUAUCUAAAUAAAUUUUAUCAAAUUGUUAAAGCGAAA